AUGGUUUCUUUUUCAAUGUACUUGAUAAUAACACUUUUUGUCUUAUCGAAUAUUGAAGCUCAAAUGGGGAUGGGUCCAUACAGUGGAAUGCACGGGCCUUACGAUGAGAUGCAUGGACCUUACGGUGGAAUGCAUGGACCUUACGGUGGAAUGCAUGGACCUUACGGUGGAAUGCAUGGGCCUUACGGAGGAAUGCAUGGACCAUAUGGAGGAAUGCAUGGACCAUAUGGAGGAAUGUAUGGACCUUAUGGAAGUUCACGCAGAAUGUACGGAGCUUACGGAAGGAUGGAUCCAGGCACAGGACUAGUAAAAGGAGCAAUUAUGGGAGCGUUGAUGGGCGCUAUGAUGGGUUGA